AUGGAAGGUGGCGUGGACGUCUGCCUGAGCUGCUUCAACGGAGGCUGUCCCAGUGAGGAAAGGCACCACUCGAGGAACCAUCAGCAACGAUCUGGCCAUCCGUUUACGCUCAACAUUCGUAGACGCCCCAAGCCCACGAUCAAACGCGACGACGGGGCUGAACCUCCAGCAAAACGACUGGCAAUCCAAGAGGAACGAGAGGAGGACAAGUAUAACCACUCUGCAGAGCUCAAAUGCUGGCUUUGUGAUCCACAAAAUGGUAGUAUAGUAUCUGGAGCUCUUGAUAAUGGCAAAGGCGCGGAACUUAAAAAUGCUAUCAUGACAUCGUUAUCGUCUGCUCGGCAAUCUGAAGUGAAAUCUUGGGAAGAAGAUAUUGAAGCGUGCGAGCAUACGCUCACGCUCCACCAACCAGACUCGCAUCCCAUUCCCGCCGAGGGCUUGGCACAGUGCUCCAAAUGCGAUCUCAAGGAGAAUCUCUGGCUCUGCCUCGCUUGCGGCAAUCUGGGCUGCGGAAGAGCCCAGUUCGGUGGUGUCAGCGGCAAUGGACACGCUUUGCUUCACUACAACGAGAGUGGUCAUGCCCCUGCUGUCAAAUUGGGAACCAUCACACCCGAAGGGACUGCAGACGUAUACUGCUACAAAUGUGACGACUCCAAGAUGGAUCUUGAAUUGGCGGCACAUCUCGCGACCUUUGGCAUCAACGUGGCAACUCAGCAAAAGACUGAGAAGACCAUGACAGAGCUUCAAAUCGACCAAAACUUCAACUACGAGUUCAGCGUGACUGAUGAAAACGGCAAACCAUUUGAACCGCUCUUCGGUCCAGGUUUGACUGGCUUACAAAACCUUGGAAACAGUUGCUACAUGGCCUCUGUGCUUCAAUCCUUGUUCGCUCUCGACCCAUUCAAGGCGGCUUACCGCGGAGAUCAUGUCAACACUUGCGGUGAACCACUUCCUGCAUCAUGCAUACUCUGCCAACUUCACAAGAUGCACGAUGGACUUCUUUCUGGUCGGUACUCUAUCCCGCGGGCAAAUCUCCCACAAGACGAGCCUCCCAAGUCUAAUGAGCCGGUCUUCCAAAACGGUUUGCGCCCUUCCAUGUUCAAGGCGCUCAUCGGAAAAGGACAUCCAGAGUUUGCCACAAUGCGACAGCAGGACGCCGAAGAGUUUAUGACGUACCUCUUCAAGGUAAUCCGGACUGAUGCAAAGAAACGUGGUAUACCAGAGAAGAAUACGCCCCCCGAGUCGUUCAAGUUUGGGAUGGAGCAGCGGCUGCAAUGCCAGCGGUGCCAGAAAGUUCGAUACAAGGUCGAUAGCCACGAUUCGGUCAGUCUCGCAAUACCAGCGAACAAAGUGACCAAGAUCCCGAGCGAUGAAAAUGAGGAACCGAAAGAAGACUGGGAACCAGUCGAACUGGAAUCAUGUCUCCGGAUCUUUACGGGUGGUGACGGUCUCGAGUACAAGUGUCCGUCUUGUAAAGAGACAGUUACGGCAUCCAAGCAGACAAGGUUUGCCACCUUCCCGGAUAUCCUCGCAGUCCACGCGAAAAAGUUCCAACUCGUAAACUGGGUGCCAACCAAACUUCCCAUUCCCCUCCUUGUAAACGACUUUCUUAUUCUCGACGAAUACGUGGGCAAAGGACUUCAACAGGGCGAACAAGAGUUGCCGAACGAUGGGGAAACUGGUGCUACCUCGACUGAACCAGAGGUGGACGCAGAAGCCUUGGCGCAGCUCGAGGGGUUAGGCUUCCCAACCACGCGCUGCAAGAGAGCCCUCCUAGCGAAUCAAAUGAACGCCGAGGCGGCCGUUCAAUGGAUCUUUGAGCACAUGGAUGACCCAGAUAUCGAUGCGCCACUUGCUCCUGCAGCCUCGCAAGCAGCUCCAGCAGAUCCUGGGAUGAUUUCGAUGCUCCAAGACAUGGGCUUCACUUCUGCUCAGGCAUCAAAAGCAUUGCGUGAAACGGGUGGCGAUAUGGAACGUGCAGUGGAAUGGCUCUUCAGUCAUCCAGACGAUAUGGGCGACGUCGAAGCGCCCGGAGAGAGUGCGCCUACACAAGAGUCUGUAACAAAGGACUACGGAGGCUCGGGUACGCUACCAGCCCGUUACAGACUAAAGGCGUUUGUAUCGCACAAGGGCCCGAGCGUACAUUCUGGACACUAUGUCGCACACAUUCGACUCGAUUUGCCUGAUGGAGAGAAAUGGGUUCUAUUCAACGAUGAGAAGGUUGUCAAGGCAGAUGAAGAAAGUGUAGAUGCGCUCAAGCCUCUGGCAUACUUGUACAUCUUCGAGAGGGUUUAG